AUGUAUCAAGCAAUUGUCCAUCGUUCGAGGCCUCUCUUUAGUACUCUAAAGCAGAGGCUUCAAACUCCAGACUCAAAUCAAAGACGCAAGCACGUCGUCCGAUCGGAUACCUACAAACAGCCCGGUCCUAUUGCCGUCUCGUCCUUGCGUCUGCAGGGCCCUGCCUGGGCCACCGCCGGCGCAGGCAUCUAUGCCACUUUGUUUGGGGUGUACCGGAUGCUGCGCUCUAUGCGACAACUGAGAUAUAUCUAG